AUGUCACGACAUGCGAGCCGAUGCGCGUCAUCAACCCACGACCCCCCCCUUGCCACGUCGAUUCACCUUUUACCUGACGGAGAGGUGUUUGUCGCUGGCAUCGGUGACCUAUGCCGACUCCUUGCAUGGGAAUGCGUUGAUGGCGGCUUGCGCACCCCAGUCUCUGGCUACGACAAGGCCUCUCCACUGUUCACUACGGCGCGGAUGGCGUGGGCCGAGUCACAGCAGUUCGCUGUCUUUGUCAGCCGUUCACCGUGCUCGGAGGGAGGAGAUGGUGUGCUACAGAAAAGGGCCUAUGUCACUGGCUGCCGGACAGAGCGCCACCGCCUUCCACCAUCGGCAGCAGGAGCGGCAGUACCGCGACAGGACAUACCGCCUGAGAUGGCGCUGAUCACCGUCGCCGGCACGGUCCAAUGCAAGUCAACCGUCCUCCUAACGACAGACCCCCAUACCUCCGAUGCGUUUGGGACAAUGUUCGACGGUGAUUUGCAGCCGAAGCGGAAGGCCACUCACCUGGCAGAGUGGAAGCACUCAAUACCCCAACGCGCAGCGGAGCGUGAUGCGCGCAACGUGCGGUUACACCCGACAUUUGUCUCAUCCGAGCCGUCGAUGCCGUUCGCGACGUCGACCGCUAUCCGCAUACCGUAUGACAGGACGGAGAAGGGGGCACGAGCGUCAUCGUGA